UCCGCCCUUUCAGGUGCGGGAAGUCUGAAGCCGGCAAACAUGGCCGUCACCGACAGCCUCAGCCGGGCUGCGACUGCCUUGGCAGCUGUGUUGCUCUUGUCCUUCGGCAGCGUGGCCGCUAGUCAUAUCGAGGAUCAAGCAGAACAAUUCUUUAGAAGUGGCCAUACAAACAACUGGGCUGUUCUGGUGUGUACAUCCCGAUUCUGGUUUAAUUAUCGACAUGUUGCAAAUACCCUUUCCGUUUAUAGAAGUGUCAAGAGGCUAGGUAUUCCUGACAGUCACAUUGUCCUAAUGCUUGCAGAUGAUAUGGCCUGUAAUCCUAGAAAUCCCAAACCAGCUACAGUGUUUAGUCACAAGAAUAUGGAACUAAAUGUGUAUGGAGAUGAUGUGGAAGUGGAUUAUAGAAGUUAUGAGGUAACUGUGGAGAAUUUUUUACGGGUAUUAACUGGGAGGAUCCCACCUAGUACUCCUCGGUCAAAACGUCUUCUUUCUGAUGAUAGAAGCAAUAUUCUAAUUUAUAUGACAGGACAUGGUGGAAAUGGUUUCUUAAAAUUUCAAGAUUCUGAAGAAAUUACCAACAUAGAACUUGCGGAUGCUUUUGAACAAAUGUGGCAGAAAAGACGCUACAAUGAGCUACUGUUUAUUAUUGAUACUUGCCAAGGAGCAUCCAUGUAUGAGCGAUUUUAUUCUCCUAACAUAAUGGCUCUAGCUAGUAGUCAAGUGGGAGAAGAUUCACUCUCGCAUCAACCUGAUCCUGCAAUUGGAGUCCAUCUUAUGGAUAGAUACACAUUUUAUGUCUUGGAAUUUUUGGAAGAAAUUAACCCAGCUAGCCAAACUAAUAUGAAUGACCUUUUUCAGGUGUGUCCCAAAAGUCUGUGUGUGUCUACUCCUGGACAUCGCACUGAUCUUUUUCAGAGGGAUCCUAAAAAUGUACUGAUAACUGAUUUCUUUGGAAGUGUACGGAAAGUGGAAAUUACAACAGAGACUAUUAAAUUGCAACAGGAUUCAGAAAUCAUGGAAAGCAGCUAUAAGGAAGACCAGAUGGAUGAGGAACUAAUGGAACCUCUGAAAUAUGCUGAACAACUUCCUGUAGCUCAGAUAAUACACCAGAAACCGAAGCUGAAAGACUGGCAUCCUCCUGGGGGCUUUAUUCUGGGAUUAUGGGCACUUAUUAUCAUGGUUUUCUUCAAAACUUAUGGAAUUAAGCAUAUGAAGUUCAUUUUUUAGACUUGAUGAUAAACGAAGAAUGCAUGGAAGACUGCAAACUUGGAUAAUAAUUUAUGUCAUUAUAUAUUUUUUAAAAUGUGUUUCUCUUGUGUCAAUUGGAAGUAAGUAUAAGGAAACUAAAUUUGAAUCAACUAUUAAUUUAAUAACUUAAAGAAAAAUAAUUGUUAAUGCAAUUGCUUAAUGGCACUAAAUAUAUUCCAGUUUUGUAUUUUGUGUAUUAUAAAAGGAGAUGAGACAAAGAGAUCAGAAUACAUUCAUUGUUUUUGAAAAUAGUAAUUUCCCCUUAUCCCAUUUUCAUUUGGAAAAGAAAAAAUUGUGAAGACCUUAAAUUCUCACUAACAGAAGUAACUUCGGUUAAUUAUUUUUUUAUGUCCUCCCAAUCUUUUGACUUACGCACAUAUUUUUUCCCAAUAUGGAGAUCAUAUGGAAUAUACUAUUUCGUAAUGUCUUUUUUCAUUUUACAAUGUAUUAUCAACCUUUUCCCUCUCAAAAAUACAUUGUGAAUGACUGCAUAGUAUUCACUGUAUGAAUAUUUAAUUCAUUUCACAGUCUUCUAUUGUUGGACCACUUACGUUGUACCAAACGUUUGCCUUUGGUUUAUUCUUUAAUGUGUUAAUAUUUUACUGCUGGUCACUCGUGGAAUCCUGCAGCUUUAAUUAAAAGCAAAGAUGAAAAAUUGGUUUUUUAAUCUAUGGCACUGACAAUCUCCAGGACCUUAUAUGUUGUCAGUUUAUUUGGGAAAUUUUAGACCUUUGAUAAUUUCACGUAUUGACUGCUCAAGAGAAACAUACCCCAUUGUUUUUCAUUUGUAAGCAUUCUGUGAUCUUCUAGAAUUGGUCACGUCCCCUUCAUUUUCCACCUUGAAAGAGAGAGCCAACAAGGACUUUAUUUCAUUCUGUUUUAGGUAAAGCUUGCCCACUGGCUGUAUCUAUACUUUCCCUGAGAAAAAUCCCAUAAAGUGGAUGGACCUGUGAAGAAAAUGUACGCUUAUGGCCUAGCCUUCAUGUCUGGCUGAUGUAUCCUAUAAGGCAGUAAGCCCCUUUUCUGGUCUCUGGUAAGAUGCAAGAGCUCAUAUCCCCAUCGCUGACAUUUUAGUUUGGAAAUAAUAUUGAGACUGUGCUAUGACCAACCCCUGAUGUUGUUUUUUCUUUUCAAACUUUUGCAUAUGAGUAGAGGAAAAGCCUAAAAGUUCAGUAUUUAUGUCUGGGGGGAUACCUUCAAGUGUCUUAUCUGUUUUAUGCAAGAAUUUAUGUGUUCAUCUUUAUUCAGUGGAAAGAUUUUUUUAUAAUUUUGUUUAUAAUUUUAGGUAACAUUAAGACAACUCUUCCUCCACAAGAAAACCUCCUAAAAUUAAUAUUCCUUAAGAUUUGUUUUUCCUUUCGCACUUAUAAUACUACCUUUGAAUUGCAUGCAAGAUUGUCAUACUUUUCACAGGCAAAGGAUUGACCGUGUUAUCUCCCUAGUUAGAACAAAUGAUAUUGAGGCUUUUUGCCAGCUCUGAAUCUUUAUUUUAAUUGAUCUUUUUAUUGAUGUCUUAUAUAAAUGAGGAAGAAAAAUUUUGUCUGAUUAUAUGAAGGAUCUUUCUGUACAUGAAAAGAAGGGAAAAUAAACUUGCAAUUGAAU